AUGGCCCGCAUAACGCAAUUGGCCGUCUUCCUCACGCUUUCCCUCUUCAAUAUCUUUGGGGCACAGCUAGCCCUUGCGGCGGAAGAUGGUCCCGGCUCAGCUUCCAUCUUGACCUCCGAGGUCGGUCGCCUCAACAACGAAAGCUUGUUCUGGGGUCCUUAUAAGUCGAACCUGUACUUUGGCGUCCGCAACCGAUCCCCCAAGAGUCUGUGGACUGGAUUGAUGUGGUCUAGAGUCGACAACUACCAAGACGUUCAGCAAGGUUUCCGCUACACAUGCGAACAGCAUGAAGGCCUUCAUGGCUAUGGAUGGGACGAGUAUGAUGCCCGGAAGGGAGGUAUCCAGUCUAUCCACGAUGAAGGCAAUCAGAUUGACAUCACCACUUCGUUUGUCAAGGUCCCCGGCGGAGCCAACGGCGGUAGCUGGGCUGCAAGAAUCAAGGGUGUUCCGAGAGAGGGUGCACCCGCUGAUCUGAAGACCAUGAUCCACUACUACAUCGCCGAAGACAACAGUGAAGCAGAGCUCGCAUUCUCCGGUGAGAACGACCCCGCUGGGUUCGACGGCGACGUUGCAUUCGGAGGCUCUUCCCAGGAGCUCGGCAAGUAUAAGCUGGUCAUCACUAAGGGAGAGGGCAAGCACCCUUCCAGCAGCCACGAUUUGUCCGAAAAGAGACACCCCGAUCGCACGACGGUACGAUCUCUGACAGUUCCUGAGGAGCAUCAGUGGCAGGGCAAGGGUGUUGUUUUCAACCUCAUCCAGGAAAGCGUCAAGUUUGUCCAGGAGAAUUACGAGAUGAACGAGCCGCCUCCGGCAUACCUCACCUACCAGAUCGAAAACAAGCCCGGCGAAGGGAACACGCACGUCGUCCAGAAGAUGUUUGAGGGAGCUUUUGAGUUUGACGUCAUCUUCUCAUCUGCCUCUGCGGGCCCCGAGCUCACAAGUGCCGAUGUCACGCGCGAGAUCAAGUCGGUCACCGAGUUCUUUGGAGAACGCUUCUCUUCCAUCUUCAGCCUGAAGGCUCCGUUCACUGCCGACAAAUACAAGAAGUUUGCCAAGAGCAUGUUCUCUAACCUACUUGGUGGCAUCGGAUACUUCCACGGGUCUCAGCUGAUUGAUCGUUCUUACGCUCCCGAGUACGACGAAGAGAACGAGGGCUUCUGGGAGGAGACCGCUGCUGCCCGCGCACGCAAGCAGCAGGAGUUGGAGGGCCCGUAUGAGCUCUUCACGGCUGUUCCGUCUCGCCCCUUCUUCCCUCGAGGAUUCCUUUGGGACGAGGGUUAUCACCUUAUCCCCAUCGCCGACUGGGACAUUGACUUGACCUUGGAGAUCGUCAAGAGCUGGUUCAACACCAUGGACGAAGACGGAUGGAUCCCUCGCGAGCAAAUUCUAGGUCUCGAGGCUCGGAGCAAGGUACCCGAGGAAUUCCAGGUCCAGUACCCGCACUACGCCAACCCUCCCACUCUUUUCCUCAUCAUUGAAGGCUUCAUGGAGAGACUGCGCAAGACCAACGGUAGCCAGCCCGCCGAAAAAGAGCAUCUCGGCCCUCAGGCCUCCCUGCAGACCGCCCACUUGGACAAUGUCGAGCUCGGAGAGGAGUUCCUCCGAAGGCUGUACCCAUUCGUCCGCCAGCAGUACGACUGGUUCCGCAAGACUCAGCGAGGAGACUUGAAGACCUACGACCGCGACGCGUUCUCGAACAAGGAAGGCUACAGAUGGCGCGGCCGCACCGAGACCCACGUUCUCACGAGCGGUCUCGAUGACUACCCUCGUCCCCAGCCCCCUCACCCCGGCGAACUCCACGUCGACCUCAUGUCCUGGGUUGGAUUGAUGACCAAGUCGUUGAUGAACAUUGCCGACGCUCUUGGCAUGGCGGAGCAGGUUGACGAGUUCAAGACGACUCUGAAUGCCAUCCGCCGCAACCUGAACGACCUCCACUGGUCCGAGAAGGAGGGCUGCUACUGCGAUGCCACGAUCGAUGCUUACGAAGAGAACACCCUCGUCUGCCACAAGGGCUACAUCUCGCUGUUCCCAUUCUUGGUCGGUCUUCUUGAAGCCGACGACCCCAAGCUGGGCAAGCUCCUCGACCUCAUUGGCGACGAGGAGCACCUCUUCAGCCCCCACGGCCUGAGGAGUUUGAGCAAGCAGGAUGAGUUUUAUGGCACGGCCGAGAACUACUGGAGAAGCCCCGUGUGGAUGCCAAUCAACUACAUGGCCGUCUCCCAACUGAGAAACGUCGCCUCCCAAGAUGGCCCUUACAAGGCCAAGGCCGCGGACCUCUUCACCCGCCUUCGCAAGAACCUCGUCGACACCGUCUACAACAGCUGGGAAAAGACGGGCUUCGCCUGGGAGCAGUACAACCCGGAGACGGGCGAGGGGCAGCGCACCCAGCACUUCACCGGCUGGACGAGCUUAGUUGUCAAGCUUAUGGCCAUGGAGGAGCCCAGCAAGUCUGGUGGCGGCAGCGGCGGCGGGCACGUUAGGGACGAGUUGUAA